CUUUUUUCUCUUUUUGCCGAAGCUCUCGUCGGUAGCGUUGUUGAUCAUGGAGAGCUGUCCACAGAUGAACAGACAAGCAAAAUAUAUCCAACUUUUCAACUAAUCCCCGUGCUUUAGGAAACCAAGCUUCACUUUGUUGUGGAGAGAUUCAGAGCGAUGUUGGGAUUAAAAUAAAAAGUACUUUAACAAACUCAACACUAAGGAAGUUUGAUCUUCCAGUAGUGUGCACUCUCAGAACUGUAAUUGAGGUAAAAAAAAAAAGGAAUCCUGACCUUCCGUCUUGUGCUGUUGUUAUAUUUGCCUAAAUCGUCUAUUGUUUUGUUGCCCCAUCUUUGACAUACACUUUUGUAGCGCCUCUCUCUCUCUGCUCUUAUCCUGUUCGAUGGAAAACCACACAGAAUCCAUCACGUCCUCUGGAAAGUCACUGGAGGUUGGAAAUGAAAGUGAUUUUAAAGCUCACGUGUUUUCCUCAUCAUCAGAGUUACUUGAAAAGCUUCACAAAAGGUGGAGUGUAGUGGAGAAACAACCAUACCCUGCAAUGUAUUCCAGUGUUUAUGGAGGUAUCAUACUUGAUCCUGCAAUGAUGGUAAUUCCCAUUGAUGAUCACAUGGUACAUCGUGGGCAUGGUGUAUUUGAUACAGCAAUUAUUUAUGAUGGGUACCUCUAUGAAUUGGAUGUUCACCUUGAUCGCUUUCUCAGGUCAGCCUCAGAGGCAAAGAUAUCGUCUCCUCAUUCUCGCUUGGCUCUUCGAAGCAUUCUCAUUCAACUAACUGCUGCAUCAAAGUGCAAGAAAGGAACCCUCAGAUACUGGCUAAGUGCAGGUCCUGGGGAUUUCUUGCUAUCGUCCGCAGGAUGUCCAACACCAGCAUUCUAUGCAGUAGUCAUCGAUGAAGAUUUUUCUCAGUGCAAAGAUGGGGUUAAAGUGAUCACAUCCAAUAUCCCCAUGAAGCCACCUCUAUUUGCAACAAUGAAGAAUGUGAAUUAUCUCCCCAAUGUCCUUGCAAAGCUAGAAGCUGAAGAGAAAGGAGCAUUUGCUUCUAUUUGGGUUGAUGAGGAAGGUUAUGUUGCUGAAGGUCCAAAUGUGAAUGUUGCUUUUAUAACCCAAGAGAAGGAACUUGUCAUGCCUUCAUUUGAUAAGAUCCUACAUGGGUGCACUGCUAGAAGGCUUCUUGAACUUGCACCGAAGCUUGUAGAAGAAGAGCAUCUGAAAGGUGUAACAACUAAAAAUCUAACCAUGGAGGAAGCUAAAGGCUCUGCUGAAAUGAUGUUUGUAGGAAGCACUCUUCCUUUACUGCCUAUCAUCGCCUGGGAUGAUCAACCUAUUGGCAAUGGAAGUGUUGGAAAAUUAACAAUGCUCCUUUCGGAUUUGCUAUGGAACGAUAUGCUUGCUGGCCCUGACACACAGAGAGUAGCUGUUCCUUAUGUCUAAUGAACCACAAAAUCACCAAAUAAAAGGCCUGAAACUACUUUGGGUUUUAUGUUUAUCCGUCUUGUUCCUUGUUCCUCUUGGUGCACAGGUUGAGCAAGGGAUAUCUCUGCCUUAGCUUGAUUUAUUUCACAUGUGAACGGGUAUUGUACUGAAGCUGUUAGCUUAAUGCUAAACAGAAUAUAUAUUGAAUAACACAUCUGUAUCUGUCAUUGGGUUGUUUUGCUUUCUUUUAAUGGAGACACUGCAGAUUGCGGGCCCCC